AUGUCGAUAUGGUCGAGGACUGGAUGCCGCCCUCUCCGCGCUCCUCUCACUCCGCCCAGAGCGGCCUUCCGUCGUCCGGCUCCGACGACGACGACACUCCCUUCCCGGUGGUGGCCCCUGCAUCUUGGACGAUGGAUGUUGAGGACGGCCAGAGGAAUGAUCGGCUGCAUCGCCUGGCUCGUGCCCCGGUUGCCAGCAUGGGAUGCCGUGGUGAGCCUCGGGGUGGCCGGUCGAGGGACCGCGACGACGAGGGAGGGCCGGGUGCAGGCGGGCGUAGGUCCUCGAAGGACGUCCUCCUUCGUCGCGGCGACUCGCGUGCUCCACCUCGCGCUGCGCCUCCGCAGCGCUGUCGCAGCCUAUCCCCGCCUGCCAGGCGCGGAUCGAGGGAGUCCUCGGGCCGUCGCUCGGGGGCUGGGAGGGCCACCGCGUCGGCGAGAUGCCAGUCGAGGCCGCGCCAAACUAUCCCUACCCCUUCAGGGGCUGCCAGGGACACCGGCUCCGACACCGCGGCCACCCAGCCCGCCCCCGUCGCGAGGAGCAGCAUCAGCGGAAAAGACCCGGUCGAGGAUUUCUUCAGGACGGCGAAGAAGCCCACCAUCGCCUCUGUCAUCGUCGACGGCCUGGCGGCCGACGUCCACAUCGCCGCAGAGGCAGCGGUUGCAGCCUCUCUCGAGUUCGACGAGGCCCCUCUAG